GCGCGGGAAACAGUGGCAUUGUGAAAACCGGCGCGCGUACGCGUGUUUUUCGCGCGGCGACGCAACGCGCCAUCUGUGCGCGAUCUCCCAGACGGAUAAUAUCGCAUGCGCGCGCGCCGCACCGGUGACAAUUUCGCAUUUCGAAAUCUCCGCGCGAUUGCAGCGAACGUUGUUCCGUUGCGCUGCCGGCCGUAGUAUUUACGCGUUUAGUACCAGUGGUUACGUGAAACUUGCGGCUAGAAUGGAAGCGAUGACCUCGCCGCGGAUACCAUCGUCCGGCUAUAAUGUUGACAGUUCGACCGAUGAGUGCGACACAUCGGAAACGGUGAAAUGAAAAAGGAAUGCAGUGAUGGAAUAUUUGACCAGUGUCGGUGCAUUAAAAACAGUGAAAAUGUUAGUGCUGUCGAAUAUAUUUCGUGCGAGCCAUCCCCAAAAUCAGAUAGUGCCGAGGGAAUUGAAUUCUUUGGGAACAGAAAAAAGUGUCGGACAAAUGGAAAAAUCAAAAAUAGUUUCACAAAAUUCCUUAAGAAUAAAGCAACGAACGAAAACUCGUGACAAUAUAAACGUCAGCCAUGAGAUGGACGAUGCUAACGAUGCAAAAAACGCGAGGCGAGACAAAUGUCUCUCAAACAGCGUCGAUGCCAUCGUAACACAUAAUGAUGCCAAAAGUAAAGUGAUAUGUAGUGCCAAAGGUUUAUUAGAAACUAAUUUAGACGAUCUGUUCAAUGAUGUGCAGAAACUGGACGGCUGGAACGUAGAGCCAAAAAGUUUAGGUGCCAGUGAACCGACUUUAAGUUUUAGUGAGAAUAAUUCAAAUUCUAAGGCUGUCAAGCGCCAAUCUCUCGUGUCAGAAGAUGAUACGGAUGAUGAUACAGCGAGUGAUAGUGAUUGCACGGAUGAAGUGGUUCGGGAGCAGAGGAUAUGCAUGGGAGCACGUCGCUUCGGUCACUUGCUGCGGAGGGUCAUAUCUAGAAAUGUUUUCCCGAAUGUGCCGGCCGCGCCUGGCAUGCCCUGCGCUGGUGAAGACAGAAGCAUAUACAGGAGAGGCGCUCGAAGGUGGCGAAAGCUAUACCGCGUCAAUGGACACAUCUUCCAGGCUAAACGGUUUAAUAGACGCGCAUUCUGUGCCUUCUGCCAGGACCGCAUCUGGGGCCUCGGGCGGCAAGGCUUCAAGUGCAUCCAAUGCAAGCUGCUGGUGCAUAAGAAGUGCCACAAGCUCGUGCAGAAGCCUUGCUCUAAUGAACAUGUGGAUCCUAUUGAAGUUAAGGAUGAUGCUAAUGGGGAAAGCACUUUGGGAAGAGCGUCUUCUGUCAGGUCUCGUGCGGAAGUCGAGCCCCCGUUGCCGGAGACGCCGCCUGCACCCGCGCCGGCGCCGCCGCGACCUGAUGAUCUUGAGCCGGGCUCCCAGAGACAGUACUCGCUUGAUGACUUCGAACUCAUCAGGGUGAUCGGACGAGGGUCUUAUGCUAAGGUGCUGAUGGUAGAACUGAAGCGCACAAAACGCGUGUACGCCAUGAAGGUGAUCAAGAAGGCUCUGGUAACUGACGACGAAGACAUAGACUGGGUGCAGACAGAGAAGCACGUGUUCGAGACGGCGUCCAACCAUCCCUUCCUCGUGGGGCUACACUCUUGCUUCCAGACGCCCAGUCGCCUGUUCUUCGUCAUCGAGUUCGUUAGGGGAGGGGAUCUCAUGUUCCACAUGCAACGUCAGCGGCGCCUGCCGGAGGAGCACGCGCGGUUCUACGCGGCCGAGAUCUCGCUCGCGCUGCACUUCCUGCACGAGCGAGGCGUCAUCUACCGCGACCUCAAGCUCGACAACGUGCUGCUCGACCACGAGGGACAUAUUAAGCUUACUGAUUAUGGCAUGUGCAAGGAGGGAGUCCGACCAGGCGACACCACAUCGACAUUCUGCGGUACCCCCAACUACAUAGCUCCCGAGAUCCUUCGCGGCGAGGAGUACGGCUUCUCCGUGGACUGGUGGGCGCUGGGGGUGCUGACAUACGAGAUGCUGGCUGGACGGUCGCCCUUCGAUAUAGCACAGGCGGCUGAUAACCCUGAUCAGAACACUGAGGAUUAUCUCUUCCAGGUGAUCCUAGAGAAAACGAUCCGUAUCCCCCGGUCCCUGUCGGUGAAGGCGGCGUCGGUGCUGAAGGGCUUCCUCAACAAGAACCCGGCGGAGCGGCUCGGCUGCGGCGACAGCGGCUUCCUCGACAUCGUCAGCCAUCCCUUCUUCAAGAGCAUCGAGUGGGAGAUGCUGGAGCAGAAGCAGGUGGUGCCGCCGUUCAAGCCGCGGCUGGAGGGCGAGCGGGACCUGGCCAACUUCCCGCCCGAGUUCACCGACGAGCCCGUGCAUCUCACGCCCGACAACGACACGGUGAUCGCGGACAUCGACCAGUCGGAGUUCGAGGGCUUCGAGUACGUGAACCCGCUGCUGAUGUCGCUGGAGGACUGCGUGUGACGUCACGCCUGUCUGCUGCACCCCUACCACGAGCCCGAUCAGGCAUACGGCUACGGUGCAGAGUCGUCGUCAUCGGACUACGACAGCGUUUGCUCGGAGCUGCCGCCGCGCAAGCCCACGCUGCUGCAGCACAUGUUCUGUCUGCCGCUCAACUGACGACGCGACAAGCACGACAAGCACGACAAGCACGACACACGCGACAAACACGACAGGUACACGCAGCCGCAGUAAUGUACUUGUCGCAUGAUCAAAACUUUGAUAGGUGCAGCCAGCAACAAUAAUUUGACACAUUUUUUAACUUAGAUAGGUAUAGUCAGCUACUGUUAUGUAUUUGUCACAAUUUUUUACUCCAUCAUCAUCAAACUCUCUUCUAAUCAUCGCCCUUAUCCCAAUUUUGUUAAGGACCUGCCCUUAAUAAAAUUGCAGCUUGUUUUUUCUUAAAUAACAGUACAAUUAAAAUGUUUGUAUAUUGGACACAGUUCAUUCUCAUCUUUGCAAUAUUGUGUUGUACAGUUCUUAACGAAAAGCAGGUACACCGAUAACUUACGUCAGAUUUCUUAAAAUAACUGUUUACCUGUUGUUUUAAAAACUGACGUUUAUAUUGUCGGUGUACUUGGUUCAAAUGACGGAAAUUGGCAAUAUGUGCAAACCGUCAAGUAGCUAAUUUCCAAAUAACACAGUUAUUUGUCAAAAGCCGACCCCGACAUAGUUGGGAAAAGGCUCUGAGGAUGAUGAUUUGUCAAAAACUGUAACAUGAAUUUUAACCAAAGUGUGUCUAUUUUAUUGUGGUUGACUGUACCAACUUAGCGAUAAGUGAAGCCAUUGGUGAUAGGAUCUUGUUUUACUAAUUAACUACUUCUAUAGUGUCGGCCUUCUAAAUUAGGUGACGUUUGUAAAGAUAUGACGCCUCGAAUUUAAGGCUUAUUAAAGUACCGUCAGAAAUUAAGAACAAAAAUUAAAUUUAAAAAUGGCUGUCAUAAUUUUUUGGUAUGGCAACAAAAUAUUGUAAUGUUGCCACUAUCAGAAAUUUUACGGUAGGUUUUUAAAUUUGAUUUUGUUAGUGUAUUUUUGGCGAUACUUAAUUCUAUUCUUAAGAUUAAAAUUGUAAAUAAAAAUAUACUUAUGUAUAAAAUUAAAAAUAAAAUAUCGCAUGAAAAGUCGCAUGCAUUUAGAAAUUCAAGGAUCAAGAUUGCUUGAAGUAUAAUGUUUGAUGGAUGAUCCUUGUGGCAUUACUAAAUUAGAAUAUAACAUUAGUAUAUAAAAUUGUAUUUAUAUAUACUACGACGCACAUAACGUGCCAAUUAUGAAAGCACAAGUAUUUAGGUGUCAAUGGCUUCACAAAUUCUCGCUUAAUAUCAAAGAAAUGUAUAAAAUAUGUCGGUACUGCUUGUUGGCACAUUUAUAAUGUAAUUACAUAUGUUAAAACAGUGAUUUUAAGUCAUUGUUAUUAAGCUGUAUUGAACCACCGUCGAAAUUAAUAACGUUCUUAAUAAGUUGUAGAGAACAAUUUCUAUAACUUUCACAGAGUUUUACGAGAAAAAUGAGUAUUGAUAAAGUAUUAUUUAAGUACACACACGACCUAAAUAUUCCGAAAAUAAAAAACAAAAAUAUACUAAAUUAUAACACAUUAUUUUAUCAUCCUAAGUAUUAUUAUUAACAUUCCACCAUAAAUCACUUAACAAUAUUAAAAAACACAUAGAUCUGAAUUUAUUUAUUGCUUAAAGGAAUUGAUGUCGACACGAUGCCACCAUGGAAGGAAUUUGUAAUAUUCUUCUACAUAUUAAGUUAUUUUAAAAGGCUAAAAGUGCUUGUAAGAUGUAGCCAAUAUUGGUGCUCGGUAAACCGCGCGUGUUUUGAACAACGCUUGAAACUCGGUCGGGAGCAGCGAACACACUUUCCUAUUAAUAAAAACUUAGAUCACUUUAAACCCCCAACUAGAGGGGCAUACGCUUCUGUACAUAAAUUAAAUAAACAAAAAUUCAUCUAUGUAUAAUAACUAUACGAGGAAGUAUUAUAAGACUUAAUAUUUUUGAAAUUAUUGUAGUAGUCUAUCUAAUUACCUUUCUGAGAGGAAGUUGACGGUUCGACGACUCUGUCGUGUACCGUCGCGGUUUCUAACAAAUCAUUAUGUUUUUGAGCAAUAAAAUAUAUAGUAGUAUUAUUGUAUUGUAUUGUAAUUAUGCGAGACAGGUGAACUGCUCAAUCAAAGCACGUAAGGAAUUAAAAGUAGUUGAAAAAUUUUGAUGGCCGACCGGUCUCACCGAUACUUAUAGCCCUUAUCAAACAUUAGUGUAUACCCUAGAUACCUAGACAUAAGCUAGAUUCGUAGCUAUGAUAUGCGGGGAAUGGCACGUAGCAUGAAAAAAUACAUAUACUAUCAUUUGGUACUUUAUUUUGAACCCUAUAUUGUACAGCUGUCGGUAUGUUGUCGAUGUUUUAAAAUGUCAAAGCCUUUUUGUUGAAAUUAUUAAAAAACUUGUAAAUAAAACAUAACAUGCUGCGCGCCAUUUUACCGCUAUUAUAAUACAAUUAAUGGCACAGAAAGUGACCCAUCUCUCGACGUAUUAUUUAUCCUAGUAUUCUUCAAUUGUUCCUUAAGCUGGUCGCUUUCCGUGCCACUGAGUGUAUGAUAUAUUCCAUUCCCUAUUGUAGAUUCUGUUGUCCUUCAUAGCUAAUCACCACUCGUUUAGGUAGCCAACGAAUUUUAUAAUAAAAAAACAUAUAAUAUUGAGCACUGAGACAAAUUUAAAAUUGUGUACAUUAUAAACAAAUUAAUAUGAAAAAAAAAACUCGUAAAAUACAUCGGUUAUUAUAUAAUAUAACAAAUUAUUGUUAAUGUAGAAGAAAAGACUUAUUAUAUAAAGAUUAUCGAUCGUAAUGUGUGGUUCGCGUGGCAGAGAGCUCAAGUCCACAAACUAUUCUAAAUAGUGCGUAGUAAGUACCUAUCUAUUAGACAUUUUGCACCGAUAUUAUAUUAUACAUAGUUGUGACGCGGUGUCGCCUCCCCCGCCGGCUGCCGUGACGUCACGCGCAGCGGGCGGCGGCCGGCGCUAUAUGUGUUGUCGCCCAUAUUCCUGUACUCGUGUGCGUUGCAAGUCAGACGAUGUCCUGCUGUUGCGUUGUUGUCGCGGCGCCUCGCCGGCUGCCUGCAUAGGUUUCUUUGUAUAAUUUAUAUCGUUAAGUAUUUAAUUAUUGGUAAGCGACAGUAUUGUGGUACUAUUAACGCUUUAGAUGUAAUUAGUUAACAUUCCAUGUAACUGGGGCUACCCUGGCAUCACAGCGAAUACGUUUGCAUUGUUACAAUAUGUUCUCAUGUUUUGUCAUUUUAAAUAUUAUCAAUUAUAACGGCACGUUGUAUUGUCAAACGUUAAGUUUGAAUUCUAUUAUGAUAAAUGUUUUAUUACCAAAAAUUUUGUAAUGUCUAUAAAAUCUUACUAACUGCAUGACAAGUGACAUUUUAACAAUUAUAAUUAGUUAUAAGAGGAAUUGUUAAACAGUUACAUUUCGCAACUUAGAACAAAACUAUGUAUCUUAGUUUUAAUUAUUUUUAGUUGAUCGCAUGUAAUAUUCCCCGUUUGCGGUAAGGAAUCAUAAAAGAUAGAUUUUUACAUAAAGUAUGUUGAUUUAUUGUAUUUAAUUUCGGCCGUAUUUACUUGUAUUGUGAAACACCAAUAAAUGUAUGUUACUUAAAGAUUUCAUUGUGAAGUACUUGGUGCGUGAUUGAGACAUACUGUCAAAUUAGACUGGAGAAAUUGGGAUACUGUAACUAUUCUAUGCUUAACUGAAAAUAAAGAAGAUUAAUCAGAA